CCUUUUACUUUUCCUUGUUCCAUGAGGAUUAGGAACGCGUUCUGGGCACAUUACUUUAUAUAAGAAACACCCCAAAUACCCAAAUUAUUCAUCAGUUUUUUUCUGGGGAAAAACAAAAAUUUCAUCAUCGUAAUGUGUCCUUUAAGAUUCAUCUUGGUAUUUUUUUCGGCAUUGUUGGCUGGUUAUUUAGCUUGGAGAACGGUUCGUUCUUCCGAUGAUCUAGAUUUCGCAAAUCCCGAUGAUGAAACAACGAAAAGCAAAUCGGAGGAAGAGAGACGAGAAUCUGAUUCUGGUGAGGUGAAAUUUCACAAGUUUCAGAAGAUUCAAAACGGAUUUUGGGUUUUUGUGGAUAUGGCAAGUGGGAAAUAUUUAUGGCGAAAUCUAAAGUCGAUGAACAAUGUUGUUGACAAGACAAAUUAGGAGCUCAUUGAAUCUUGUGGCGGCUGUGGAUGAAUUGAAUUGCAUUAAAGUUUAUCUUGUUUUUAUUUGUAGAUUAAUAGAAUGUAUAUUAAGGGUUUCUCUUCCUCUUUUAUCUUUUGGUGUAUUAUGCAGAUCCAAAUUUAAUGGAAAUCUGUUUUCUGCAAUUAACUUUUUUAUUCCAUAAUAUGCCAAUAUAUAUCCCUCCGAUUGAUGUGGGACUUGACAGUA